GUGUGCGAGACCUUCGGGAAGUCAUGGUAGGAAGUUCCAGGUAGUCAGGUCAGGCAGUAGGUGGCCAGGUUGAGGUGGUGGUCAACAGUAGCAGAGAGACGUCCCAGAAGCAAGCAUCAUGGGUCAGUCUUGCGUGCUGCUGCUGCUGCUGGUAACGUGGGCGGCCACCACCCACGCUCACCCACUACCCCGGCCACACCGCGCCCACACCAAGGUGUUGCAGAACAGUGGUGAGGCUGGCGGAAGGUCGUCUUGGUCUUUGAGGGAGACGGUGUUCAGGUUGGACCAGAUGUUGCAACGACCCAACGACUACAACACUCUUAUGCUCGAGUCUGGUGAAGAAGACGACCAGCUCUCAAGGUUGCUGUAUGAAGUGCAGGAAAACUCAACAGAUGGCAGCACCUCCCUCUCUCCGAAUCGUUUACGCAGAAUGGCUAAGAAACUCAAAGACGAAAGCGAGCAGGAAGAAGCAAGCAAGGAGCAAGAAGCAAGCAAGAAGCAAGAAGCAAGCAAGGAGCAAGAAGCAAGCAAGGAGAAAGGAGAAACCAAGGAUAAAAGAGUAAGCACAGAGAAGGGAGUAAGUAAAGAGGAAGAAGCAAACAGUGAAGAAGGACUGCAGAGGCGGGAAGCUCAAGAAGCAACUGGUCGACAGAGGAGGAUGGCCAUGAGGAGCCGUGAGAAGGGAGAACGUAGCAAGGAGAGGAGGUGCAAGCCGAAGAGGGAAAGGCGACGGAGGCCAAGCCAGGAGAGAGGAAGAGGGAGGAACAAGAGCAGGGAAAGGCGACCGAGGCCAAGCCAGGAGAGGUGUGAUGAAACCACUACUACUACAACCACAACCACCACUACUACCCCGACCACAACAACCACCCAACAACAAGGCCGGUGAGAUGGGUCAACAGCUGACCAGGUCACACAGAAAAAAAAGUGACCAAGAAGAGAUAUAUUUUAAAAUUAAAAACUAUCGUAUUUUUUCUAACGAGAAUUGCGGUCCCACCUCUGCAGAAAACAAUACAGAAAGUGACCCCCGUAAUACCUUAAAAAUAAUAGUAAUUUAAGCGACGUGGGAGGCAAAAAAAAAAAAAAAAAAGAUAAAAAAACGUGAUAUCUUAAAAUAACAAUGACCCAUGAAGAAAGAAAUUAAAUUUCAAAUGUUUAUAUGAUCUCACAGUCACAUUGCUAAGGAACUGCUCCUCAGGAAUGUGACAGAGAUCAUGAAAGUGAUUGUAGAUUUUUGAUACCUUUCAUGGUUAUAAAAUUAAAAUAUAAGACCAGCCUGAUUCAGAGACACAAACAUUAUAUAGAGGAAUUUAUUGUGUGAGUAGUAUUGGGAAUUUGCAAGUGCAGGUCCGGCACAGUAAGCAGGUCCACCACAGUAAGCAGGUCCACCACAGUAAGCAGGUCCACCACAGUAAGCAGGUCCACCACAGUAAGCAGGUCCACCACAGUAAGCAGGUCCUCCGGGUCAGUCCUUCAACACCUCUCACACGACAGUUUUACUCUAAUGAUACAGUAAUAUUUUUAGCCCACUGUUGCAGAUCAGUCGUAAUCAAGAUGUGAAGACGGAACAUAGCUAUGACCUGAAGCUAAGAAUAAUAAUCAUGAUUUUCCUAGUUAACAGAUUUUUUUAAUCUGUAGUACUAACAUUAUUUUUGUUUAGUCCAUUUUUAACUAGAGAACAACAAUUUAGUAGUGUAGCAGCAUUAUAUACUUCCGUGAAAAUACAAUCAGCACAUCGAUAUCUCUAUUGCAAAAAUUAUUGCUUAGUUUACAUGAAAUAAAGCAUAGUGUUA